AUGGCUAAAUCAAAGAAUCAUACGAAUCAUAACCAGACAAAAAAGGCUCACAAGAACGGUAUUAAAAAGCCAAAGACGCACAAGUACCCUUCUUUGAAGGGUGUUGACUCUAAGUUCAAAAGAAAUCACAGAUAUGCCUUACACGGUACUGCUAGAGCUUUAGCUCAAGCCCGUGCUCAAAAAGCUUGA